UGCCGUCAAAAGUGACAGUCAAGCGCUUAAUGUGAAUAUAAACAAUACAAUUUACAACAAUCGGGAAAGCCGAUUUCUGCCAAGAAAAGAUGAUUUGCCGCAUGUGCAUAAUCGAUUCGCCAAAUCUAUUGUCCAUUUUUGAGAAUGAAACAUCACAGGCUGAUAAAGCGGCAGUGAUCACCCAACAUUUCGGGUUCGAGCCAAGGAAGGACGAUCCUAUUACCAAUAUGAUCUGCAUCUCUUGUUGGACACAAAUCGAAAGUUUUCACACAUACUAUCUGAAUGUAGAAGAUGCUCAGCGCCGGUUCUCUCAGCUAUACCUCGAGCAGAAAAUCAAGGAAGAAAGUGACAAGAAGGAGAUAGAGUUACUACCGUUUGAUCAGGGGGAGAUAAACAACUAUCAAGAAGCAGAAUAUCCGGAGCUGCAUACUAACAACAAGUUAGCGGACAGUGGGGAGAAAAAUUGUAAAUAUGAAAUUGUUGCGUUUGUGGAAGGCGGUGAAGCAGGAGAAGAGGUUGGUAACGAUGACAAUGACGACUGCUAUGAACCAGGCGCGGAUAUGGAAGAUAUAGACAAUCAAAGCGACUCCUGUGAUUCUUCAGACGAGGAAAACAAACCUAUCGCACAAAUUAGAGAUGAAACUCGGCAAUCACUACUUUUAAAAAUAAAUCAAAAUAUGUCCACAAUACAGGAAACACAGGUAGUUUCUGCGACAUCUGAAGGCCCAGACUUAGAUAAAGCCUCCCCGAAAAAAAGAGGUCGAAAGAAAAAAUCUGAAAAACCGGCUCAAACAAGUCCACGCACAUCAGAAUAUCGCAUAAAAUCAAAACAGUAUGACGAAGAAAUCGCCAAACGGACGAAAUUGAAAUGUGAUCUAUGUGAAAAAGAAUUCGCAAUAUUUAAUGUCUUGCAAAGACAUUACCGUGCCGAGCACAAAAUUAAGGGCUAUGUAGUUUGUUGUACAACUAAAUUCUACAAACGUGGCAUGUUCUUAGAUCAUAUAAUGAAACAUUUGGAACCGGAUCGGCUAAGAUGCGAUAUAUGCAAGAAAACAUAUUGCAGCAGGCGAGCUCUCCACGAUCACAUACUGGUUUACCACGCGCCGGGCGAUGUAAAGACCUUCCAAUGUGAUCAAUGUCCGCGGAAAUAUUUAAAACAAUAUCAGCUAAACAUUCAUAAAAAGAAACACAUUCCCAAAGGCGCCUCUCAGUAUAAAUGCGACGAAUGCGGGAAAGGAUUCAACACAAAUAACGCAUUGCAAACCCAUCGCCGGUAUAUUCACGAGAAUAAGUAUGCUCAUAUGUGCCAUAUUUGCGCGAAAGUUCUGCGUAGUCGGACGUUAUAUUUGAAGCAUAAAUUGGUAGAACAUGAGGGCUACGUGGAACCAAAGCAACAGUGUAAAGAGUGUGGAGCAUGGCUGAAGAACGCAUUUCGUUUGAAAUUACAUAUGAAAAAACACAAGGAGAGAGAAAGCGAUUUUAUUUGCAAUAUAUGUGGAAAGUCGUCGCCGUCGAGCAGCGCAUUGCAAAGCCAUGUAAAAUAUGUUCACGAAGCGCAACGGCUCCACCAGUGCACUUUCUGCGACAAAGCUUUCAAGAGGCCUAUAACGUUAAAGGAACAUCUCACUACACACACCGGCGACGUCCUCUACACCUGUCCACAUUGUCCGAAGACCUUUAAUUCACGAGCCAAUAUGCACUCGCAUCGGAAAAAGAAGCAUCCUAAAGAAUGGGAAGAGGCCCGAAUAAUCCGUGGUGCACCGCUCAGGAAAUUUGGAAAGAUCAGCUCUGAAGAAACAGACCAGAUUUUUAAUGAUAAUAGUUUAGAAAAUGCUGAAAAUAGUUUGAAUGAAGAUUGCGAAAUUGAUGCUGCUUAUGAUAGUUUAAAACAUAUGGCUUGAGCAACUUCCUUUGUAUAAAUCUAUUUUAAAUUAAUACGAACUACCUUAUGCAUGGAAUUAUUCUGGCGAAGUAGGAAAUAGAUCUAGUUUUAAAUUGUGAACAAUAGCAUUUAAGAAAAUGUAAGAUUUAAAAUAAAGCGUUUGAUGCGAAAUA